CGCCGCGGCGGGGCCGGAGCCCCGCUCGCACCCGCGGACGCUCAUUCAAAACGCGGCCAGGCUCGAGCGCCGGUAGCCCGGUACCCGUGUCCCCGCUCCGCGCCGCCCGCCCCGGGGCUCUGCGGGGCCGGGCGCUGCCGGCGGGGAUGUCCGGCGGGGCCACGGCCUGAGGCGGCCGCCCGCCCGCCGCCAUGCCGGUGAAGAACCGGUACAACCUGGUGGACGAUGGCUGCGACUCCCGCGUCCCGCUGCACAACGAGGAGGCCUUCCAGCACGGCAUCCACUUCCAGGCCAAGUACAUCGGUAGCUUGGACGUACCCAGGCCCAACAGCCGCGUGGAGAUCGUGGCAGCCAUGAGGAGGAUUCGGUAUGAGUUCAAAGCCAAGAAUAUUAAGAAGAAGAAAGUGAGCAUCAUUGUGUCCGUGGACGGGGUGAAGGUGAUUCUGCGCAAGAAGCAGAAGAGAAAGGAGUGGGCCUGGGACGAGAGCAAGAUGGUGGUGAUGCACGAUCCCGUGUACAGAAUCUUCUACGUGUCUCACGACUCGCAAGACCUGAAAAUAUUUAGUUACAUUGCAAGGGACGGCGCUAACAACUCCUUUAGGUGCAACGUCUUCAAAUCGAAGAAGAAGAGCCAGGCCAUGCGGGUGGUGCGCACGGUGGGACAGGCCUUCGAGGUGUGCCACAAGCUGAGCCUGCAGCACGCCCUGCAGAACGCCGAUGGGCAGGCGGACGGGGCCAGCGACAAGUCGGCCGAGGAGCAGCCUCUGGAAGUUCACCAGAUAAAGAGCUCCAAGGUCACGGAUGUGGACGAGGUUGGCAUCGACUCUGACGGCAUCUGCGUGUCUGAGAGGGGACCCGGAGAGCUGCCCGCGGCCCGGAGUGACCUUGGCAUGCUGAAACCUGGGCAAGCCUCAAAGGAUAAGAACUGCCAGGAUGCUGAGAACUGCUCCCUCCACCCAGCUGGCUCCCAGCAGCUGCUCAGCCCAAGCAGCCCCUGCUCCUCAGCCUCCAUCACCCCGCUGGCCUCCCAGCACUGCCUGCAGCUGCUCCAGCAGCAGCUUCUCCAGCAGCAGCAGCAGACGCAAGUGGCCGUGGCCCAGGUGCAGCUGCUCAAGGACCAACUGGCGGCGGAAACAGCGGCGCGAAUCGAAGCGCAGGCCCGGGUCAGGCAGCUCCUCCUGACCAACCGGGACCUGCUGCAGCACGUCUCCUUGCUGGUGCGGCAGCUGACGGUGCUGGAAGCCCGGGAGCAGCACCGGCAGCCAGUUGACCGCUCCUUGCAAAACCUGUCCCUGGCUCAGUCCCUCUCACUGAACCUGAAGAACCACUACAGCCUGGACGUUCACCUGCCGUCCACCUCCACCCCCGCCAGCAUCCUGGGCAGCCCAGUGGCCCCCGGCUCGCUGCCGGCCCUGGGCCCCGGGGACUCCUACCUCAACCUCAUCGGCCUGGAGAGGGGCGGCCACCGCUACGGCAGCAAGGAGGGGGACGAGUGCCUGGCUGUACUGGAGGGGCAGGAUGGCCUGAGCCGGCGCGUGGAGGGCUCUGAGGUCAGCGAAUUCGCCCUGCUCAAUGGGAGCAGCCGGCAGAAGGUGGACGACACGGACAGAGGGGAAGAGGACAGGCGGCAGCAGCCCAUUCCCAAGCUCAACCCACCACCACCCAUCCUACGCAAAAGGUCAAGCAAAACCUCCCCGAGCCUGGAAACAGAGGUGAAGCCCGAGAAUGGUGCCCAUGUGAGCUUGCCCAGCCCCAGUGUCUCCAGCCUCACCAGCAUCGCUGCCAGCUCACUCACCCUCUUGGACCUUGAGGCAAGGACUCCUGUGUGGAGCACCGCCUCCGACACGGAGCCCAUCCCUGCCAGGACCUGCCAGCACGCUCUGGGCAAGGACAGGGCUGGAGAGAGCGGGCAGAUGUCCCCCCUGGCCAGCAUCCGUGACCCUGCAGCCAGCAAGGCCCCAGCCAAGGACUUGGCAACCCUGGCCAGCCCCACAGACAGCACGCUGCCCUUCUCCCCUGCGGAUGACACCUGUUUGCACAUCAGCUUCUCAGAAGAUGAGCUGCUUGAACCAGAGCUGGACGCUGCUGUGGGGCCCAGCAGGGUCCCCCCUUAGUGGGACCGCAGUGGGUGGCAGCUGGCUGGCAGGCAGACCCAGCAGCGCACGCUGGGCUUGGCAGCCCCUGUGCCCAGGCUGGCAGGCAGAUCCCUUUGCUGUCCCCGUCCCACACAGCAGCUCGCCCUGCCACACACAGGGCUGCCACACAGGAUGUGACAUGGCCAGCCCCUGCCUCCAGCCUGCACCAGCUCACAGUGCCAUCCUGCUGCCCCAUCCUCCUGUCUGCUGCUCGUGUGGACCCUGCUCACGCAGCCCGGUGCUACAUGGGGUCCCUGCCGUUCCCCAUGGGAUGGUCUGGGGGCAGAGACACCCCCAGGACUGCAACAGCGGGAGCCCCAGUUUGGAGGCACAGCACAGAGCUGUGGACACCUGUACACAAGCCGGUCCAUCAGCAACAGCGUGAGCAGGGCUGUGCAGCACAGCCCGUCUGUCACCACACUGCCAUGGGCUGGGUCUCUCCAGCCCAGCCCUGAUUUUGGGACAGCAGCCCCACCACCAUGUCCCCACACAGCGAAGCCACCACUGCCUCCCCAACAGGUGCCUUUUCCCACAGCCCAGCACCCCCUGCGCACACUGGUUGGGGCCGCCCCCCAGAUUCCACUAAUUGGCGCAGGGCUGGCCCUGGGAGCCCACUGCUGCAGUGGGUGACCCCCGGAGGGUGCACCCCAUGUCUUGGGCUCGGGUGGGAAAGCCCUCCUGUGCCUCUACAGGCUGCUGGUGGCCACAGGCAGGAGCUGCUCCGUUGCUCUGAUUUUAGGGUGUAACUGUGGGUUGGAUUUGGUCUGGGAAGUGUGAAUGUGCUGGGAUGAGUUCAGGUUUGAGGAAGAAGCCCAGCCCUGGGUGAAGGGCAAGGCAAACCCUGGUGGUUCCACGUGUCCCCUUCAGCCUGGGCAGGUUUUGGAGAGGGACCAGAGAAUGAUGCUCGUCUACCUUGGUUGUUUGCGAGAGGGCGUUGGGAAAGUGUUGGAGGGUCAAGAUGGGCAAGUGUGGAGUAGAAAUGGAGAUUUGGAGCAGCCACGUUGCCUGUGCCUGGCAUGGUGCUGCUCCCACGGGGGGUGAUGGGACACAGACCCCAGGGCCAGUGCAGCCAUGCCAGAGCUGCCCCAGAGGACAUGGCUAUGGGCUGGUGGCAUCACCGCCGGUGAGCGGGCCUGGGGGCUUGUAAAUCUGCGGCUGGGCUGUCCUGUAGUGCAGUAGAGACAGACUGGCCUGUCUUUAGGAAUACAAUACGCUGCAGUUUGGUAACUGACUUUUAAAGAAAAUAUAAUAAAAGGAGUCUGAUUUGCAGAACAA